AUGCCCUCUGCUACGGGUACUAAGCGUGUCAGGGUGAGUAUCCAGCGAAACCAACGCAGGGAGCCAAGACUGACCCAAAAGCCAUCAGGGAGUCUCAAUCUUUCGACCAUUUGUGCAGUCUUCGGUAGCGAAGCGCAACCUUUCGACCCGGCUACGAAACCAAGCGACGUAUCCUCAGACCACACCCACCAAUGGCGCGUGUACGUCCGCGGCGUGAACGGCGAAGACAUCUCCUACUGGAUUAAAAAGGUUCAGUUUAAGCUCCACGAAACCUACGUACAGAAUGUUCGCACCAUCGAGCACCCGCCCUACGAAGUGACUGAGACCGGCUGGGGUGAAUUCGAGAUCCAGAUCAAGAUCUAUUUCGUGCCGGAGUCCAUGGAGAAGCCGCAGACUCUCUGGCAUCCCCUGAAACUUCAUCCGUAUGGCCCUGAUGCGGAGGGCAAGAAGGAGCGGCGGGAGGUGGUUGUCAGCCAGAAUUACGAGGAGGCCGUGUUCAAUGAGCCAGUCGAGCAGUUCUACGAGUACCUUACUGGGGGCUCUGGGGCGCAGCAACCGCAUAAGGGGAAGAGUGGGAAAAACGCGAAAUCGGCGCAGCAGCAACGUGGUAAUGGUAGGACGGCGGAGAUACCGUACAACGAAACGCCCGACAACCCGUAUAGUCGGACAGCGGAGAAUAAGGAGCUUGAUCGGCUGGCGGAGGCAACUAAAACUGUUGAACAACUGAUCAAGGAUGAGAAAGAGAGGCUUAUUGCUCGAGAGAAAAGACUAGCGGAGUUGCGCGAAAGCGAAAAGGUUACUACGCAGCCGACAAAGAAGAGGUAA